UAUAACAAUUUGCUUUAACUUUCAGUGCGUCUAAAGAUAUGGUAAUCUCAGGAUUUAAAAUACCAAAAGACACUCAAAUUUUGGUCAACUUGUGGGCCAUUGAUAACGACCCAAACCUUUGGGAUAAUCCAUCGGAAUUUAGACCCCAAAGGUUUCUCAGCGAAAAUCUCAAGACAUUCAAAAAACCCGAGCAUUUGAUACCAUUUUCCUACGGGAAGAGGUCGUGUCCGGGAGAGGGCUUAGGAGUUGUCGAAGUGUUUCUAUAUCUGAGUUCUUUGCUUCAGAAAUACGACAUCAAAGCUAACCAUAAAACCGACCAAAACCUUGAAUAUGAAUCUCACCAUAAAAUAGCAUUCAUUUCGCUGUUUAUAAUUCCCAUCAUUUGUGCGGCACUUAUAGUCGCGACAAACGGCCGGACGUAUGACAGAAAACGGCACUUUAAUGACCGACACUUUGGCUAUAAGAGCAGAGGCAACGAGAAUAGGACCAGAAAUGCCACCCAUUACUCGCCAACGCAAUUCUCCGAGCGUUUACUAAAGCGAUAUUUUCAGGUAAACACUAUUCGUUAUAAUCCGUUGAUAAUCUACUAUCCGGCUAAUAAUUACACGAAUGAACUGAUGAGCAUGGUCAAAGACCAUUUUAAUCCAGUAGCUCAUAAUGAUGAAAUAUCACGUUAUUAUACGUUUGAAAUACAAGGAGCAAACACUUUGCAUGAGCUAAACACCAUGGUCAGUCGGGAAUAUAAACUUAAUAAAUGGGAUACAUAUAUCAUCCGAUUUACCGGCGAUAAUGGCUGGGAUGGACAGGGAUUGGGUGCCGGUGUACCCAAACAUCUGGCCUAUAAAUUAACAGAUAAUAACUUGUAUUUCACAAACAAUUUGUAUCAACCGGUCGACGACUAUUUCACCGGCGAUUAUAAUCGACUCUCAGUUUCCGACAAUUAUAUUUAUUACCGAUUUUGUAACAUUCAAUUAGCCGUCGAUUUGGCUCACAUAUCACUUGUGACGGGAAAUGCUUACUUUAAUAAUAUCACAAUAAACGAGCAGUUAAUGCCAUUUCCGGCCUAUAAUAUCACAGACAAAACAUUGUACACCCGACACAUUAACUCCCUUAUACUGAUAGUUUUUCCUAUAAUAUUUGGUUUGACAUUAAUGUUACCGAUUGUUGUGAAACGUAUAGUAGAGGACAGACAGACACUCAUCACUGACUACUUGUUUCAAUUGGGUGUCAAUCGCACCGAUUAUUGGCUCACAAUUAUCAUCGACGCCCUCACUGUCAUCGGUGUCCAGAAUCUGAUCCUUACGGCGAUCCUAUUGAACACCGAUUCCGGUGCCAAUUGGGGACAGAUAUUCAACACCGGAUACCUAUUUGAUGACAUGACUUUAGCUCAUAUAAUGAUCACUACAUUAAUCUCGUACCCCAUAUAUGGUGUUAUGAUUUGGUAUUUCUCGUCAAUCAUACCAUUCAAACACACAAUUCAUAAACCGUUUUAUUUUCCCGUUUCCGGUGUUUACCAAAAAUUGAGACAAUUGUUGGCCAAAAGUCGGUUCAAGACCUACGAAUCGAUGAUUGAAAAUCCAUCCAUAAUUCGUAUAAAAGAUUUACGAAAAGAUUAUAAAUCAUUGUUUGGUCUGAAGAGUGAAAGGAUAUUAAAAGGCAUUGAUAUAGACAUCGAUCGACAGUCUAUUGCCGUUAUUCUGGGACCCAAUGGGUCGGGAAAGACAACUCUCAUCAAAAUCAUCACCGGUUUGGUUGACUUCGACGGCCAGAUAUAUAUCGGUGGACAUGAUAUAACACGUGAGAGGGGUUUAGUCCGCGAUUUGAUUGGCUUUUGUCCGCAGGAAAACGUUUACUUCAAAUACUUGACAAUUAGUGACCAUUUGAUGAUUUUCUCAAAACUUAAACGCAUUAUACGUGAGACCACUGAUGGUUAUGUCGGCGAAAACCUAAUCCACAGAUUAAAUCUGGAAGAAGACAAACACAAAGAAGCGGUACAUCUGUCGGGAGGA